UUAUCUUAGAAGGUUCUUCGAAGUGGCCCAAAUCCAACUGGUCAUAUGCAACAAGUAGCUGAAGUAACUGUAACCAAGCAAAGCUCUCCUCUAGGAUAAUAUGUCGAAGACAGGUGAGGUCGUAUGCAUUACCGGUGGAAGUGGCUGUAUUGGAUCAUGGAUCGUCCGCCUCCUCCUCGACCGUAAUUACACCGUCCAUGCCACCGUCAAAGAUCUCAAGGACGAGGGUGAGACGAAGCAUCUAGAAGCCCUAGAAGGAGCAGCGACGCGUCUCCGUCUCUUCCAGAUCGACCUCCUCGACUACAACUCCAUCUUCGCCGCCAUCAAUGGCUGCUCCGGCGUCUUCCACCUCGCCUCUCCUAACAUCAUCGAUCAAGUCCAAGACCCCGAGCGGAGGACUGGACAGAAGGUUAAUGGCCCUAGAAGCUUCAUGGCUGAAGUAACAAGGAAAAUCGAUCAACCUGAAAAAGAAAAAGAAUUGACAAUAUCCUUUUCAAUCUUUUCUGCAGGCUGCAUUGAAACAUACGAGAACAUCUUUAUGGGAUCUGUGCAUUUUAAAGAUGUAGCUCUUGCACACAUUUUAUUGUAUGAGAACAAAUCGGCCACUGGUAGGCACCUGUGCGUUGAAGCUAUAUCACAUUAUGGUGACUUCGUGGCUAAGGUAGCUGAACUUUACCCCGAGUACAAGGUUCCGAGUUUGCCGAAGGAUACCCAACCCGGGUUGCUGAGGGAAAAAAAUGGCGCGAAGAAGCUAAUGAACUUGGGUUUAGACUUCAUUCCCAUGGAUCAAAUCAUCAAGGAUGCUGUUGAGAGCCUAAAGAAUAAGGGAUUUAUUUCAUAAACGAAACUGAAGGAUAUGAAACUUAAGAAGAACCUACUUAUUGUAGAUGUGGCGAGGACGUGCAGCCUAAAUGAUAUAGUUAAUGGAUUGUGUUUAAUACUAUGUA